AUGAAUCUUACUAAGCAGAAUGUCGCGAAAUCUGCAUGUCUUCCUUUCACCCUGAAAGAUUAUAAAUUCACUUCAGUUAUUGGAAAAGGAGGUUUUGCAGAAGUUUACCUUGUCGAAUCAAUAAAAUUUGGAACAAAUUUUGUUGCUAAAGUAAUGACUGUCGAUGAAUCAGAAAUACAAAAGACUUGGGAGAUAUUCGAUGCUGAGACAACUGCACUUUCAACUCUAAAUCAUCCACAUAUCAUCCGACUUUAUGAUCAUUUUCAAAUUGGAACUCAAUUUUACUACAUUCUCGAAUAUUGUCCUAAUGGAAGUCUUUACAAUGAAGUACAAGAAAAAAUGGGCCUAAGUUAUCCCCGAUUUAUAACAGUUGCUACACAAAUUGUUUCUGCCUUACUAUAUUGCCAUGAUCAUGGGAUUGCACACAGAGAUAUAAAGCCAGGAAAUAUAUUAUUAGAUGAAUACAAGCGAGCUAAACUCAGUGAUUUCGGACUCUGUCUUCAAACAAGUGCAGGACAGUUACAUAAGGCUUUCUCAGGAUCAAAUGAAUUUACAGCUACAGAGAUAUUCCUUAAAAAACCAAAUGACCCGAUGAAAGGAGAUGUAUGGGCUUUAGGUGUCACUUUUGCUAUUUUAAUUUCGGGGCAAUCACCAUGGAAGAGUGAUUCUCUCGGUGGAAUGCGGCAACUUGCUCAAAAGGGAUUCUUCCGUCUUCCAAAAUCAGUUCCACAAGACAUUCGCGAAAUAAUUAGUCAGAUGAUCGUUGUAGAUCCAGAUCAGAGAAUAACAAUGCAACAGUUGUAUCAGAAUCCUCUAUUUCAUCAGACUGAACAGAGUAUUCAACGUCCUUUUAUUAAAAAAUCUAUGUCAGGCAAUAUCAAAUGGGCACCUAUCAAAAGAACGAUUCAAGCAUGCGCUACUUAUGGAGAGUUCCCAGAAUUUAAAGAUGAAUCACCUAUAUGCGUUCAAUCACAAUUGAGAUGCGUUUCUAGCACUUUCCAACAUAAUUUACUUAACAAUUCACGUGUAAAAUCUAGACUGAGCAAAGCAGUAUCUGUUACAUUUUCUGAAUCCUUUGAGGAUGUGAAAUUCCUUUCAUAA